AUGAAAUCAAAUGAUCUGAAUGUUCUUGAUAUCUUAUCAAACACUACUGGACAUGAUCUUAUGAUUGAUUUGUCUGAUAAUCAAUUGACAUGCGAUUGUAGUAUCAAUGAUUUUCAUGAUUGGUUAAAAAGAACGAAAGUGAAAAUUAAUAAUUUGAAUACUUUGAGUUGCUUUAAUCGAGUAAAAGCAACAAAGAUACUUUGUCAAGCAAAGAUAUCUUCAAAAAUGUUAUGUAGUCGUACUUAUAUUCAAAACCUUUGA